UAAGUACAAAUCAGUUGUUUCGUGGAUCUGAACCUGGUACCAUCCAAAUCCAUCUUAAAAUUUUUAUUUGUUUUUAUCAACUUUGCCUCCGGAUUGCGCGGUUUUUGGUUCUUUUUAGCUCUGUAUAAUAAGUAUCUGGAAUAAUGGCACAUAUAUCAGACAAAGAAUGGGAGGCGUACAAAAAGAAAUACGAUAAGAAUUACUACUCUGAAGAAGACUGUGCACGCCGCGAAAUCUAUGCAGAAAAUAAGAAGCGAAUAGAAAAACAUAAUCAACUAUAUAGGGCUGGUAAAGAGAGCUACGCAAAAGGAAUCAACCAAUUCACAGAUAUGUUUGCAAGGGAAGUACCUAAGGGUUAUGGCAGAGACAGAGACCGUUCAGAAUGUCGCCGAGAAGAACGCAGAGAGAGAUUCCGAAAACGCGUAGAGGGUUUCAAGGACCGAAUAGGACGAUUCAAAGAUCGCGUAGGCGAUAGGAUCACCGAAGGCAUCGAAAACAGAAAAAAACGAAGAGAGAAAGAGAGGGACAUCAGAUGCGGGUACGACUACUCCAGUGAGGAAGAAGAUUCCGUGGAGUCCGAACAAACUUGUAAGAUGCGGGGGCGUCCAAGUGGACGAGAAAGCCAUUCCAGAUAUUGUAGGUAAUACAGACAGAGAAAGAAACAAAAAUCGCAAACAAAAGUGAAAAACCGGAUAAACCCUAAAACAUUUUAUUUAUACACAUAUAUGUACUUAUUUGGUAACAAUAAAAUUUUAUUAAUAUUAUUAUUUAA